CUGCUGCGCGCCUGCGACCAGGGCGACACGGAGACGGCGCGGCGGCUGCUGGAGGCCGGGGCGGCGGAGCCAGCGGAGCGCGGCGCGGAGCCCGAGGCGGGCGCGGAGCCGGCGGGGGCCGAGGCGGCCGGGCCCGGGGCGGCGGCAGCGGCGGCCGGAGCGCCAGUGCCCGUGGACUGCUCGGACGAGGCGGGCAACACGGCGUUGCAGUUCGCCGCGGCCGGCGGCCACGAGCCGCUGGUGCGCUUCUUGCUGCGCCGCGGCGCCUCGGUCAACAGCCGCAACCACUACGGCUGGAGCGCGCUCAUGCAGGCAGCCAGAUUUGGGCACGUGAGCGUGGCACACCUACUUUUGGAUCAUGGGGCUGAUGUCAACGCCCAGAACCGGCUAGGGGCCAGUGUGCUCACUGUAGCCUCUCGGGGUGGCCACCUGGGUGUGGUGAAGCUGCUCUUGGAAGCUGGUGCCUUUGUAGACCAUCACAACCCCUCAGGCGAGCAGCCGGGGGCAGGGGACAGCAGGGACGAACUAUUGGACAUCACAGCCCUAAUGGCUGCCAUCCAGCACGGGCAUGAGGCCGUGGUGCGUCUGCUGAUGGAGUGGGGUGCAGACCCCAACCGCGUGGCCCGAACUGUGGGCUGGAGCCCACUGAUGCUGUCGGCGCUCAUUGGGAGGCUUGGCAUGGCCCAGCAGCUGGUAGAGAAGGGGGCCAACCCUGACCACCUCAGCGUGCUGGAGAAGACCGCCUUCGAGGUUGCACUUGACCGCAAGCACAGGGACCUUGCAGACUACCUGGACCCGCUGACCACGGUCAGGCCCAAGACAGAUGAGGAGAAAAGGCGGCCUGAUAUUUUCCAUGCAUUGAAAAUGGGAAACUUCCAGCUGGUCAAAGAGAUUGUGGACGAAGACCCCAACUACGUGAACCUGGUCAACGGGGAUGGGGCCACUCCGCUGAUGCUGGCAGCUGUCAUGGGGCAGCUGCCGCUGGUGCAGCUGCUGCUAGAGAGGCACGCUGACGUCGACAAGCAGGACAGCGUGCACGGCUGGACGGCCCUCAUGCAGGCCACCUACCAUGGGAAUAAGGACAUUGUCAAAUAUCUGCUAAACCAAGGGGCUGAUGUCACUCUUCGUGCAAAAAACGGGUACACGGCCUUUGACCUAGUGAUGCUGCUGAGUGAUCCUGACACGGAACUUGUUCGACUGCUGGCAUCUGUCUGCAUGCAGGUGAAUAAAGACAAAGGCCGGCCCAGCCACCCACCGCCUCUGCCCCACUCGAAGGCCCGACAGCCUUGGAGUGUCCCAGUGCUGCCCGAUGACAAAGGCGGGCUUAAGUCCUGGUGGAGCCGAAUGUCCAAUCGGUUCCGGAAGCUCAAACUGACACAGACCCUGCCCCGGGGGCUCUGCAGCAACCAGCCUUUGCCUUUCUGUGAUGAGCCAGAGUCAGCGCUGGACUCCACAAUGCGGGCUGCCCCCCAGGGCAAGACAGGCCGCCCGGGGCUUCAUGAGAUGGCCCCCACGAUGAAAGAGAAUGGUCCUGGGAGCAUGAGAGGAGACAAAGAAGAUGUGUUAUUGACAACCAUGCUUCGCAAUGGAGCCCCCUUCCCCAGACUCCCGAGUGACAAGCUGAAGGCAGUCAUCCCCCCUUUCUUACCCCCUUCCAGUUUUGAGCUGUGGAGCUCGGAUCGGUCCCGGACAUGUCACAGUGGGAAGGCUGAGCCCGUGAAGACCGUGCUGCCCCAGAGAGCCGGCAGGGGCGCCCCCGUGGGCGUGGCUGGUGGGAGCACAGACGCUACUCCUGUGAGGCCCGUUAAAUUUCCAUCUCUCUCCAGAAGCCCCGCCUCUCCUGCCAGUUCUGGAAACUUCAGCCACUCACCUCAUUCCUCAGGCAGCUCCAGUGGGGUAGGGGGCUCAAGCAGGCACGGUGGGGAGCUGCAUAACCGCUCAGGUGGUAGCAUAGACAGUGUCCUGUCACAAAUUGCUGCCCAGAGGAAGAAAGCAGCCGGAUUAUCGGAGCAGAAGCCCAGCCACCAGUCAAGUCCCCUUGGGCCAGCACCAGGGUCCAGCUCGUCGGAACUCCCAGUCUCCCCUGCAGGCGGUGGCGGUCCCGGUGGCAAGAAACUGGAGACGAGCAAAAGGCCUCCGUCUGGAACUUCCACUACUUCCAAGAGCACCUCCCCUACGCUCACACCCUCCCCUUCACCCAAAGGGCACACGGCUGAGUCCUCGGUGUCCUCCUCUUCGUCCCAUCGGCAGUCCAAGAGCAGUGGGGGCUCCAGCAGUGGCACCAUCACAGAUGAGGAUGAACUGACUGGGAUCCUUAAGAAAUUAUCACUUGAGAAAUAUCAGCCCAUUUUUGAGGAACAAGAGGUGGACAUGGAAGCAUUCCUCACGCUCACCGACGGCGACUUGAAGGAGCUGGGUAUUAAGACAGAUGGAUCCAGGCAGCAGAUUUUGGCAGCGAUUUCUGAACUGAAUGCAGGCAAGGGACGCGAGAGACAAAUUUUACAGGAAACCAUUCACAACUUCCACUCUUCCUUUGAGAGCAGCGCCAGCAACACCAGGGCCCCUGGAAACAAUCCCUGUACAUGA